GCGGACGCGCGCGAGCUCUUCGACUUCAUCGACCGCUACCGCCCGCGCGACGUCGACCCUCCCGCGGACCUGAAACCGUUCGUCCCGGACUUUCAGCCCGCGGUGGGCGACAUCGACGAGUUCGUGAAGAUCCCGCGCCCGGACGGCGUCGCGGACGAGCUCGGAUUGCGCGUUUUGGACGAGCCCAAGGCGACGCAGUCGGACCCCGACGUGCUGCGUCUGAAGCUCAGGCGCGGCGACCCGGGCGCGACGGGAGUCGCGGACGAUGCGGAGGUGCCGUCGAUCGAGCCGGAGGAUCUCACCGCGGAGAAGAUCAACGCGUGGAUCGAGAGCGUGAACGCGCUGCACGCGAACGAUGAGGACGAAGCGGUCGUGGAGUACUCGCACGACAUGCCGGACUUGGAGACGUUGAUGAAGCCGUUCGAGCCCGAGGUGGAGGAGGCGCUGCGCGCGAUGAAACUUCCAGACGAGAACUUGGACGUGACCCCGGAGCACCUGGCGAAGCUGAUGUGCGGCAUUCUGGACAUUCCCGUGUACGACGAUAACAUCCUGGAGAGCGUGCACGUGAUGUUUUCGCUGUAUUUGGAGUUUAAGAACCACCCAAAGUUUGGUAAGGCGGCGGGAGGC